GUGGUCACAUUAGUCACAGUCUUUCUCUCUUUCAAACCUUUGUUAAGAGUUAAGACUACUUAAAAAAGCUCACUUUUCAAGAAUCAGUGUGACUGAUGUGUUUAAAAUGGGGCCAUGACGACGAGUACAUAUACAGCAUACAAAACAACAGAUAUGUACAUGGCGAGUCGGUGAGAGAUGGUGGAUGAUGGAUGGAGAGCAGGGAGAAGACUGGAGAGUGUAGCACUCGGGUACAUUGUGUGCGUUUCCCAAAGCCAGAGGGCCAAAGCCAAAGCCAAAGCCACCAUCUGUUCGAUAUUUACUAGUGGGGUCUGUCUAUUUUAGAAGGCGAUGAAGCCAAAGGACGGUUCUUUUAUGCUCUCUGCGUCGUCUUCUUCUGCCCUAGCUGUUGAACGUGGCCGAACCAUCUGCAAUUGUGGGAAAACCCUAACCCUAGUCAUAAACCCUUUGCUGCUUUCGCUUGAAGACUGGAACCGUCAUUUCCAAGGUGUUUGUGUUGCAUUUGCAGGUUUUAUAGUGACAAUAGGAUGGCGUGAACUGAGAGUUUUCUUAUGUUGAUGCAUUGUGGUCUUUUCCCUUCCCCAUGUUUAUUUGCAAGGUUGUAGACAAAGGCUUCUAAAUUUAAUGAAGGGAGAACUGGAUUUUACUCCACAACGAGAAAUUAUUUGCUUGUUGGGGCUAUUUGAAUUAAUUAUUUAUUUUGAGAAAUGUUGAGAACAAUGUAGCUGUGGAAAGGAGUUGGCAAAGAUGUUAUUCAGCAAAGAAAUUGAGUGUUUGUAUGACGAUGACUUUGAAGGUUCAAUUGAUGAGCACCGAAUUUUUAGGGAGGUCUUCUAUGGAAAUGAAUCAGGAAGUGCUGCUAAGAGAUGUCUUGUUACUGGGCUUAUCAAUUUUGAACCAGAGAACAGUUACUGCCCAAAUACAUUGCUAUGCACAAAUAGUGAAAAUUCGGUUCUAACCAGUCAGUCCUCUACAAAAGAUAUAUUUGUGGAAGUUUCUGGUUCUGUAAAUGAUGAUUUUGAGUGUAUGAAGGGGAACCUGGAUGGAACUAGCAAAGGACUUUCGAAGUCUGGCUGCCUUCUUGAGAGCUCUACUUCUUUGAAUGACGCUGCAGUGAAAGCUAAGAGGAUGCAAUGGUCAGUUGAUCAAAUUUCUGAUGUCAAGGAUAAAAUUACAACUCAAUGUUCUGAUGUGGGAAGGGAUUUGAUUCAAUUGGAUCCAAGGAAAGAAAUUCUUUCUGUUGCUUCUCAUCCAGAAUCAUGCCACAUCAAUCAAACAACAAUAUGCCAUUUAGUUGAAUCUUCCAGUGAGGGUAUUAUCUCAAGUUGUUAUUUUCUUAAGCAACAUGGAGAGAUGGGCAGUGAAGUUCAUGCAGAUGAUGGUGACGCUUUUAAUUAUAGAGCAUCAGAAAACAAGUGUAAAGUGUCAAGAUUUCUUGGAAUUGCUGGAAAGAAAGUCCUUGAAAGUAAAGCAAUUAGUCAACCUCUUCCUAACGAAAGCUUUGCACCUGAGCUUUUGGUUGCUGAUUCAUGCAUCACUGUUGAAGACAAGUCUGGAGCCCUUCUGGGUUCCAAUGAAAGAUCAGAAGAAUCCAUUAUUUUAAACUCUGACAUGGUUAAUGUGUGGCAGAGGAGCAAUUCUGCAAGGGAUCCCCGUCCCAAUCUCCGUGCUCAUAUUGAUCGUUUAUUUAAGGCUUCUGGCUGGAGCCUUGAAAAGAGGAAAAUGAUUAGCAGGUCUUAUUGGGCUUCAGUCUAUAUAUCACCCAAGGGAAAAGUUAUUCGAGCAUUCCAUAUAGCUUGGAAGUCCUGUGGUGAAAGUUUGUUUGCUGAUGGAUGUGGUUUAAUGCAGGAACAUUAUGGGAAGCAGUGGACUAAUAUCAACCAAUUUUGGACUGACUUAUGUAAUACAUUAAAAAAUAUUGUAAAAGAGAUGCAUCUGAUGGAUAGUACUGCUGUGCUGGCUCGGCAUUGGAAUCUUCUAGAUCCAUUUGUGACUGUUGUGUAUAUCGACAAAAAGAUUGGUGUACUAAGAGGAGGAAAGGAAGUUAAAGCAGACAGGAACUCAUUGUUGAUUGAUUUAGACAAGAAGCCAGAUGUUGCUUUUGCAAUGGAAAAUGUGGAUGGAGUUAGGGAGCAGAUUGCUGGGGAUUUGAUGUUAGCUCAUGAACUAGGCACACGGGUGGAUAUUCAUUCUCAUAAUUCUUUCCCUGUCACUACUAGAACUGUAGAUAUAGUGGUUGAGGAGGUUAAGGAACAUAUUCUCAAGGAACAAUAUAGCAAGGGGGAUUUCUUGGCCCUUGGUCAGUGGCGACAUGGAGGGGAAGGAAACACAUUGAAAGGUAUGCCAAUUUAUGUAACUACGGAAAAGGGUAGGUUCCCUGGAGCAAAUACCAGAAGUAAGAUUAGAGAUCAGCUUGCAGGAACCUUAAAUGAUCAAAUGAGCAGCUGGAAUUUGAGUUCCGUACCGGUUCUCUUUUCAGACAUCACAGGUGUCCGACCAGAUGGCAUGCUGAAUAAUGCUCCAACUACUUCAGGAACUGUAAAUAUGAUGGAUGGACAAGCUGGAGAUCUCCAGAACUCUGGUGAAAGAAGUUCUGGAAGGAGGCGCGGAAGGAAAAAGAAAGCUAUUAAAGAUGCAUUGGUUGAUUUGUGCAAGGAAAAUGCUGUUAUUUGUAAAAGAAAAGAUAUUGAUAGGAUGGAAAAUCAGUUAGAGAGAUCUGCUCUGGAUCAGUUGGGCUGCAGAAAUGAGAUUCCAAUAACAGCUUGUAAUUCAAAUGGCACAUUGGCACAGGUGGAUACUUGCUUGUCUUCUACUAUUUUAGUUUCUAAAUGUGUGGCUGAGGGGAUUGUAUGCAAUUGUAGUCAGAAGGGUGGUGGUGACAGUAGUUGCUCAGUGCUUAUUCAACAAAAUUGUGAAGAUGAGGAUCUUGUACUCAACCAUAGCUCCAAAGGGUUUAGCAGGAAACUUUGCUGUGAUGGAGAGGUAGGCAAAGGAAACCUAAAGAACAAGGCAAGGGUCAUAGAAAGUGAAUCUGAGGUUAAAGUAAAUAAUGUGUCUUUGAACUCAUCAGUUGAUCUGCGUAAAAAUUCAAGCACAUUUUUAAGUGGUGUGAACCUAGCGACAGGAGGGUCAAUUCAUUCUAUACCAGAAGGGUCCAAUGCAAAUAAUUCAUUGGUGCAACAUACUGUGAUAGAUCAAGCAGAUGAAAGUAUGCCCUUUGCUUUGGAUGUGGAAGUCAAUGGGAUAGAUGUGCUGAAGAAUUCAGUGAUGGAAAGAACACAAGAGGGUAUGUUGUCUUCUAGACAUAAUGGAGACUUUGUAACAGGUCUUGAACUAUGCAAGCAAUCUGCAGUUGAACAGCAGAAGAUGCUUCUUUAUCCUCAAGAAAAGAUAUGCCAUGGAAUGAUAGAGAACCCAAAGGAGGAUCUUUCUCAGAGAGGCAUGCCUGAAAUCAUCCGAGAAGUUACAAUGCGACGUGAAACACGGUCUUCUUCUCGAAAGAGAAGUGUCUGCAGGGAAGGUUUAUCAUCUGAUAUGGACAUUAAGAAAGAUAGUUUUGAUUUUUCACUUGGCCAAGGAGAACUAGUUUCGUCAUUCAAAAAAGAGAAGAGUCACAGGGCUGCUGAAUCAUCAACACCCGAGAAUGAUCAUGAAUCUGUGGCUACAGAAAUCAGAUCAACAAAGAUGACAUAUAAGAUGUCUAAGAAUAUUUCUGAAAUUAAGACAACCAAAUUAAACAGAAAAUCAAAGAAGUUAUGUCUAUCAUCACUUCAGAAGGUUAGAACACGGAGUUACCAAAGAAAUAGGACUCAUAUGCAUCUAAAAGAACACCAGAAGUGUUGCAAAGCUAAUGCAAGAAAUGAUAGUAGUCGCAGAAGAUCUUCCCCUGCCAGCAGUCUUCGGCAUCAAGGUGCAAAAGGAUCCAAGUUUAAGAGGUUUCAUCACCAGUGCAAUGGAUCAGAUGAAUUGCAUGUGGUCACCCCAAGUAGGAAGCGUAGAAGGAAACUUCACUUCGAGAAUGGCAUUGAUGAAAUCCCUUUGCAGGUGAACAGUAUUUCUCUUGCUUCCCAGAAUUGCAAGAAAAUUGGCAGGUCAAGAAAAUCUGUAGUCCACAGUGAAAAUGGACCAAAGAGAUUGCAUAGAUGUCAGAUUGAGGAUGAUGACCUUCUGAUUGCUGCUAUUAUUAAAAACCAGGAUUUCAGCCCCUCCACCAAGGGAUCUACUGUGAAGAUGGUCUGGAACUCAAAAUCUUCAAAAUCUGUUAGAAAGCUUAAAAGUCAAAGGGGAAGUUGCAAGUUGCUUCCACGAAGUCCUGGUAAGGGUGGAAAGCACUACAAGGAUGGUAAGUGGUCGUCCUCAGGGCCAAGGUCAGUGCUGUCAUGGUUACUUGAUUCUGGUGUAGUGUUUGUGAAUGAUGUGAUCCAGUAUCGGAGCCCAAAAGAUAAUUUAGUGGUUAAAGAUGGCUGGAUUUCAAGGGAUGGUAUACUCUGCAAGUGUUGCCGUAAGGUAUUUUCUGUGUCUGAGUUCAAGGUUCAUGCAGGUUUCAAGCUGUAUAGACCUUGCAUGAAUCUUUUUAUGGAGUCUGGAAAGUCAUUCACCCUAUGCCAGCUUGAGGCUUGGUCUUCUGAAUACAAGUCCAGGAAAGGUGGCAGGCAAGCAAUGCAAGUUGAUGAGAUGGAUCAAAACGAUGAUACAUGUGGACGUUGUGGAGAUGGUGGGGAGUUGAUAUGUUGUGAUAACUGCCCAUCAACUUUUCAUCAUUCAUGCUUGUCUGCACAGGAGCUCCCUGAAGGCAGUUGGUAUUGCCCGAACUGCACAUGUUGGAUUUGUGGUUAUGUGGUCAAUGCGCAAGAGGCUUCUGAUUCCUUCCUCGUGCUAAAAUGUUCACAAUGCGAGCACAAAUAUCAUGAAGCAUGUAUACAUGAAAAGGGUAUGCAUAAGGGAAUGGUUUUUGAAACAUGGUUUUGUGGAGGGGAUUGUCAAGAGGUUUAUUCUGGUCUUCGUUCCCGUGUUGGUGCGCCAAACCGUAUUGAGGAUGGCUUUUCUUGGACUCUUCUGCGAUGUAUUCAUGGUGAUCCAAAAGUCCUUUCUGCACAAAAGUUUGCACUGAUGGCUGAAUGCAACUCAAAGUUAGCUGUGGCUCUUACUAUUAUGGAGGAAUGCUUUCUUUCGAUGGUGGAUCCAAGAACUGGCAUAGACAUGAUCCCUCAUGUAUUAUACAAUUGGGGAUCAAAUUUUGCGCGUUUGAAUUAUGAAGGAUUUUAUGCUGUGGUGUUAGAGAAGGAUGAUGAGCUCAUAUCUGUAGCAUCAAUCAGGGUCCAUGGAGUAACAGUUGCAGAGAUGCCUCUUAUUGCAACUUCAAGUGAACGUCGCCGACAGGGAAUGUGUCGACGCCUUAUAAGUGCUAUUGAAGAGAUGCUGAAGUCAUUCAAGGUUGAGAAACUGGUUGUAGCUGCAAUUCCAAAUUUAUUGGAUACUUGGACAUUGGGUUUCGGAUUUAAACCAAUGGAGGAUAAAGAGAAAGAACAGUUGAACAACAUCAACUUGAUGAUGUUUCCUGGGACAACAUUGCUACAAAAGAGAUUGUAUGAGAAAGAAGUUACAGAGAGCAGAUGUGCAGGUAUGCCUUUUGCUCUUGCCUGUAAAGAGUAAAGACUGUU